CAAGAGAGCGACGAGGAAGCGGCCACCUCCCUGCGCCCCGCCCCCCGGCUCGCUUGCAGACUCCUGCGGCUCCCGCCUCUCCCAGCUCCUCCCGGCCCUCUCCCGGCUCUCUCCUCUCCAGCUCCAGCUCCGGCUCGGUGGCGGCGGCGGGUAGUGGUAGUGCUGCAGAAUGGCUGACCUCAGUCUUGCAGAUGCACUAACGGAGCCACCUCCAGAAAUCGAGGAGGAGAUCAAGCGGGACUUCAUGGCCACCCUGGAGGCGGAGGCCUACGACGAUGUUGUGGGGGAAACUGUUGGAAAAACAGACUAUAUUCCUCUUAUGGAUGGUGACGAGAAGGCCGGGAACUCAGAGGCAAAGAAGAAGCUGAGUACAGAUUCCAGCCAGGUUGAAGGUACUCCAUCUUCUAAACCAACAGUGCUAGCCAAUGGUGACCAUGCAAUAGAAGGGAAUGAUACUACAGGGUCUCCAACCGAAUUCCUGGAUGAGGCGAUGGUCUACCAAGAAUAUCAGAACAACCAGAACUGGCCUGAAGAUGCAGACUUUUGUUUUCAUCCUGGGCAAGUGAUAAACCCUAUCCAGACUGAUCCCUUUAAGAUGCACCAUGAUGAAAGUCUGGCAGAUCUGCUCUUUUUCUCCAGUGGAACAACAAACGCUCCAACAUUGAUGGGACAAAGUGAUCCCCAGGAGGACCCCUACGGUUUGUCUUCCUGUGACACAUUCACUUCUGCCGCUGUUGCACCUCAGGAAUGGUCUGUGCCAGCCCAAAACUCUGCACAGUCGGAAUCCUUUGUUUCCCCAGAGGACAUUAGGGAACCUUCACUUCCACCAGCAGACCUGACUGAGGAGAUAGAACUGGCAUCAGUAGAAGAACAACCAUUGACAAAAGCAUUAGAUACAGUGACAGGACAGAAGACAUCUGACUUGGCACCAUCCAGAGAAACAGAGGGGGUCCUGACCCAGGUCCUGGCACCAGCCACAGAAACAAAAGUGGCAUUGGCUGAAGAUACAGAGCAACCUCCUAAUUGCUCAUUGGAUGUGACACUAGUCAAGGAUACAAAGCCAUACACUGAAUCAGACUCAUCUCUGACCAAGGACGUGGCACUACCCAUUGAAACAGAGGCUGCUACAGUGAAGGAGGUAAUGCUGCCUACAGAAACAGAUGUGUCUUCCACCAAGGCUGUGGUGCUACCCACAGAACUGGAAGUGGCCCCAGGCAAGGAUAUGACAGAGAGAGCACCAUUUGUACCAAUGGAUUUGGUUCCUCAACAGACCAUGGUUCCACCUAUAGACACAGAGAUCACCCUGGUCAAGGAUGUGGUGUCAAUCUCUGAAGCAGAGGCAGACCUGGCUAAGGAUAAUGUAUCAUCUAUGGACAUAUCUCCAACCAAGGAGAUGGCUUUGUCCUCAGAAACAGAGGUGGCCCUGGCAAGGGAUGUGGCCCUGCCCCCAGAACCCUCCAUGGUCUUGGCUGAGAAUGUGGCUCUGCCCUUAGAGAGAGAGUAUGCCCCAGUAAAGGAUAUGGCUGCACCCCUAGAAACAGAGAUGGCCCUGGACAAGGAUAUGGCUCCUCUCCAAGAAACAGAAAUGGCCCAGAGCAAAGAUAGAGCCACACCCCAAGAAACAAAGAUGACCUUGAGCAGGGAUGUGGCUCUGCCACCAGACACAGAGGUGGCUCAGGUCAAGAAUGUGAUUCCAUUCCUAGAAAAGGAGGUGGCUUCAAUCAAGGAUGCAACUCUGCCUCCACAAACAGAGGUGGCCCUGGGUAAGGAUGCAGUGGUGCCCCCUGGCACUGAUGUGACCCUGGCCAACAAUGCGUUUUCAGCUCAGGAUGUUGCACAACCUUUAGAAACAGAGGUGGCAGCAGUUCGAAAAGACAUGGCGAUGGCACAGAGCCGGGAAGGGCUAAGUGAAGAUUCCCAGCUAGAGUCUCUCCCAAGUAAAGGAGGCUCGCCUGCACCUCCUGGCCUGAUUUCAACAGAACCAAUCAAAACCACAGGCCAAAAGUACAACUUGUCAACUGAUGAAGAAUCUGGGAUAGAGAAAUUAGAACAGAAGAAACCACUCAACAGUCAGCUUUCUGAAGCUUCUUUGGAGACCCCAGGUGCCCCUCUCACACAAGGCAGACAAGUUUGCAGACCCAGUGACCGCAAGGCAGCCCAGCCCAGGCCUGCCAGGGUCCUUCCCGAGUUGCCAGGAGGCUCUUCUCCUUGGAAGACUCUUGAGCCCAGGCUGGGCCCUGGCCCUUGGGCAGAGUCGGAUUGGGUCUCUGGCUCAUCUUUGUGUGCUGAGCCCGGGAGCCAAAAGAAGAACAUUCACACUGACUUCCUUGAACCCCAGAGGGAUCUUGGCAGGGAAGCCUGGGAUACAGAAAGUACCCCAAUGAUGAUGAAAAAAAAGAAGAAGAAACCAAAGCAAAAGAGAUAUUCUCAACCCCGGACUGGGGGGCAGUGGGACAACAGCAAUGCAGAGGAACCCAAGGGCCAUCCCUCUGCAACUGGUUCCCACCAGCCUGCUGUCCUCUCCAGCCAGUGUGCCGUGCUGGGCCCAGAAUGUGGAUCUGUUGCCAGAGAGAACAUGAAAAGGGAGCAUGUGCUUGACUCCAGAGCAGCCAGGUGGGGAGGCGAGAACUUCAUCUCAAAGAGUCUUAGAGCUCCUUCCCGCCCAGGAGCCCCUCCAGCCACUGCAGUCAGUGCUGAGCCCAGGCUAGGGACACAGGAAGCGAGAAAAGAUAAUGGUUCAGUGACACAGUGCCAAGAACCGUUGCCACAGCACAAUGAGGACAAGCCAAAGCCUGCACCCCACCUGAAGACUCCUGUGGAUAAAAGCCAGACAGAGGGCCCUCCUGGUCCAAAAGGACCCCUGACAGAGGUGCCUUCCCACGCAUUGGCAGCUCUUUUGGAGAUUGGAUCCAAAGAGGGUAUGACUUGCUCACCUGUUUUGGACCAGAAGGUUAUGGGUAUGGUUUUAAAACCCACAGCAGUAGAACUGCCUAAUUUGACAGCCACUUUGACAACAAGUAAUCCAACAGAAAAUAGUCUUAUAGAAGGGAAUGAUGAAAAUAAAAUGACUGAACUGUAUGAUGGCAAGCAGAAAGAGUUCUCAGAAGGAGCCAAAGAGGUUAAAGAACCAAAUAAGGAAGUACUUUCCAUGUCAAGGGAAGAAACCAGCAUCUUUGCUUUUGAACAACCACAGGGGCAAGUGUUGGGUAAGGCCUUUGGGCAAGGGAUUGAGCCAGUGAAGAGAGCAAUAGGUGAUGGCAAAAGCAAGAAAGGGCGAGGAAGUUCUGGGAGAGUGAGGGUGGGUGCUGGGAAGAUGAGAACCAAGUCUGAGCUGCUGUUGCAUCUGGAUGAUGAGAAAGAUGGGAGGGCUGUUCUGGGGCCAGAUGAGCCCAUCCCUAAGGCCGAAAGGGUGACUGCUGAGGAUAAAAGAGCAGGGCUGGGGCUGAGCUCUUCAGAGCUGCCGGGGACCAUGUCUGGUCUCCCCGAGGCAGGGAUGACUAGCCCGAGAGUAGGAAGUGCUGUGCAGGGCCUGAGUCCCUUAGACAAUGGGUCAAACUUGACUCAGCCUUCUCAUGCUAAUAGGAUAGAAAGAAGCAGCUCAGUCAGGAAUAUGGGUGUCGGUAAUAAGAGCAAGCAAGAAGAAGGGCCGUGGGUGGACCAGGAGUCAACUCCCUGGAUUUCUGAAAAGCCCAGAAAGAGGGAUAAUGAAGGCAAAACCAAAAAGCUUAAAAAUAAUUACCCCACACAGACUGCUAGAAUGGAGGGCAGGGAGGAAGUCCUUAACUCACCUUUUGUAGGGAAGGACGGAGACAACACUAGUAGUGUUUCCCUGAAAAACAGGGAACUGGGCUUCACUUUCCCCCCAGCACCAGAGCCUGUGUUCUCACGUAUGUCAGAUGCACUGAUGGUAGAAGCAGUUGACAGAAAGGGUAAGAGUGUUGAGGUUAAUUCUGCUGAACUUAGAGCUGUUGAGGGGAGCAAAACACACACAAUCAAGGAGCCAGCUACCAGAGUAACAGAUGUGAGUGCUCCAAACCAAACGCAGGUGGCAGGAUUUGUUUCCUCAGUAGUGUCUGAGGAGAACAAGACUGAUGAAGUCAAUGGACAUCCCACAGUGGCUGACCAACCAAAUAACAAGAGUAAUGAUGGAAAAAAUAAAAAGGUUAAAAAUAGUUUUCCUGAGAAGCACAUUCUGGAGAGUAAGAUAGAUGCAGCAAAAAUGCAUGUUGCCAUGGAAACCUCAGGGAACCACAGAAUUGAAGGGAUGGGCUAUGUGGACGAAAAUAGAAACAUUACUUUUACCUGUCCCAGCACACUGUCAGAGCUGAUAAAUAAGUCAGCUACUCCAGAGACUCUGGAAUUAGCAGCCCGUGAAAAAUUGCCCCUUUCUGCUCCUCCAACAGUAAAGGAAAGGGAUUCUUUACCAGACACCUUGGCAGAAAGUGGGCAGGAAAUAAACUCAGCCCCAGUUUCUAAAUUAUUAGUAGAAGAGGCUAGCUGCAAAAAGGAUGGAGUCCCAGAGCAAGAAAGACCCAAGGCCGCCUCUGCUGUUCUGACCACUCCAAGUGGAGCAGGAAUUAUUCUGACUUCCACAGCAGCCCUAGAAACAGUUAACAGUCAUGCAGAUCCCUGGUGUAAGAAUAAAGGUGAGCUUGAGGAUCCCACAAAAAAUGACCCAGCAGCAGAUGAAGAGCAUGCUGUGGGAGAAUCCAAGUCAGGCCAUCACGAUGCCUCUAGGUGCUCAUUGCGGCACAUUGCAGAGCCAGCACAAGGUCACCUCCUUACUGGAGUGCCCGCAGCAGACCAGAGCCUGCUGGGAGAGGCCCCAGGCCUUGGAUUAAUGGCAGACUGGAGUGGCUUCCCAGCACCUCCAGCAAAGCCAGUGCAGGCUACUGAGAGAGGCUCUGUUCCGGCCCAGAUUCCUGACUUACUGGGAGACAAAGCACAAAAACUCAACUUCUGUGCGGACCAAAAUGCUGAAGAGAGCGAUUCCAGGGGCUUAAAUAAUUUGGAGAAGGAGGUAGCUUUGACUCUUACGUCUUCAAAAAGUGAAAAGGAAAAAUCAAUAGAAAUUAGUCUGUCUUGUAAAGUUACAGAAUUAGAAUGUGUUUCCCGGCCAACCCCAGAACUCCAUUCUAAUUUCUCAUGUGGCAAAGUUGAAGGUCCUCCUGCAGGGAAGGAUGAUAAAUUAGUAGUGACUGCUUCCGAGGGCCUGCAGCUCCCAGAACUCAAAGAUAACGUUGAAGAAGCAUCUCAGAAAAUGGCAGAGAAAUCUGAACCAAAGAUACUGGCCCAAGGGAGAAAAGAAGAUAAAGGCAGAAUGGCAGAACCAAUGAAAGGCUACAUGAGACCUACCAAGUCCCGAGGGCUUACUCCACCUUUGCCAAAGUCUGCAGUCCAAGAACGAGACAGACUCCGGCAACCAAAGUCCAGUGGAAUAGCCAGGCCAGAAGAAGGAAAGGAGGCUGUGAGUGUGACCGGAAAUGACAUCUCUACCCCACCCAACAAGGAACUCCCACCGAGCCCAGAGAAGAGAACCAAGCCUUUGGCCACCACUCAACCUGCAAAGACUUCAGCAUCGAAAGCCAAAACACAGCUCACUCCUGUCCCUAAGCAGCCAGCUCCUACCACCUCUGGUGGGUCGAAUAAAAAACCCAUGAGUCUUGCUUCAGGCUUAGUACCAGCUGCCCCACCCAAACGCCCUGCUGCUGCCACUGCCAGGACUUCCACCUUUCCUUCAAGAGACACCAAGCCAAAGCACAUUACAGAGGCGAAGGUUCCUGAGAAGCAGGCCCUACCAUCCAAGCACGCCUCAGCCCUGGCUUUCCGCUCGGGGCCCAAGAGCAUCUCAACUGCUCCGAAGGUUGCAUCAGCUGCUGCUCCUGCUUCCACAGGGCCAAGCAGUAGAAGUCCUCCAGUGUCAGCGCCCAAAAGGCCUGCUGCUCUUAAGACGGAGGGCAGACCCGCAGACACUAAGAAGAUGACGGUGAAGUCCGCACCAGCUGACUUGAGUCGCACCAAGGGUACCCCUACCAGCUCUGGGAGGAAAGCCACCACUCCUACAGGAGCAGCUCCUCUGGCCACAGUGGCCCCCACUCGAGUCAAGCCCACCCCACUUUCCCGGCCCUCUGUGUCUCCUUCCGUGGACAAGAAGCCCACUGCAGCCAAGCCCAGCUCUUCUGUCCCCAAGCUGAGCCGCCCAGCCACUGCAGCCCCUGCCCCUGAUCUGAAGAACAUCCGCUCCAAAGUUGGCUCCACAGAGAAUAUCAAGCACCAGCCCGGAGGGGGCCGGGCCAAAAUAGAGAAAAAAACAGAGGCGGCACCCACAGCUCGAAAGCCUGAACCUAAUGCAGUCACUAAAACAGCUGGUCCUAUUGCAAGCACACAGAAAUCGCCUGCUGGGAAAGUCCAGAUAGUCUCCAAAAAAGUGAGCUACAGCCAUAUUCAGUCCAAGUGUGGUUCCAAGGACAAUAUUAAGCAUGUCCCUGGAGGUGGGAAUGUCCAGAUCCAGAGCCAGAAGGUAGACAUCUCCAAGGUCUCCUCCAAGUGUGGUUCCAAGGCAAACAUCAAGCACAAGCCCGGUGGAGGAGAUGUCAAGAUUGAGAGCCAGAAGCUGAACUUCAAGGAGAAGGCCCAGGCCAAGGUGGGAUCCCUGGAUAAUGUGGGUCACCUGCCUGCAGGAGGCACCGUGAAGACUGAGGGCGGUGGCAGCGAGGCCCCUCCGUGUCCAGGGCCCCCCAUUGGGGAGGAGCCCGCCGCCUCUGAGGCUGCGCCUGAUGCGGGCGCCCCCGCUCCAGCUGGUGGCCUCAGUGGCCUCAUCACCCUGUCUGGGGGUGGUGACCAAAGGGAGGCCCAGACCUUGGACAGCCAGAUCCAGGAGACAAGCAUCUAAUGAUGACAUUCUGGUCUCGUCUUCCGUCUCCCCUUUUUCCCUCCUCUUGUCUUCCCCAUUUCCCCUCCCGCCCCUCCUCUCGUGUCCCUGCAGAUUGAGACCUACAGGCUGACCUUCCGGGCAAACGCCAGGGCCCGCACCGACCAUGGGGCCGACAUUGUCUCCCGGGCCCCUCACUUCCCUGGCUCCCGAGCCCUUGGCCCCCUCUCCCGGGCUGCCCACUAGACCUGUGAGUGCCCACUCGGGUGCCAGGCAGCUCUGCUAGGCCCCACCCGUAGCACCAGGCAGCAGCUGGCCUGGCCCCUUCCUGCUUUGCUCCUGUCCUGAUGCUGGCCACUGCCCUGCUGUGGGUUAGGCAGGGGAGUCGGGGGGACCUUGUGGGAUUUAGGAGGGAGGAACUGGAUUCCUACUCCGUUGUUUGGUUUUUUGGACCAAACCUGAAAGAAACUGACACACCCUCCCUCCUCCCUGGCCAACCUGGAGGGAUGAGCGGGGCAAGUUCUGGGCAGUGACCCUGCGCCGGCUGCUUCCCUAGAGCCUCCUAAGCCUCCACUUUUCCCUAUGUCCCCACGAUGGUGCCCUCCUGCUCCCCCGCAUUAGUUAGGGGCCAUGCUGCACGCUGCUGCUCACCGAACCUGCCUAGCUGCCUUCUCACCCUCCUUUCUCGUUCCUUAACCUGUAGCCAGUGGAGCAGCUGUGGAGGUCCAAGCCAUGUCUAAGUGAGGGUCUCAGUAGGUGCAAAGGGAGUGGAGAGGGAGAAGCCAGGCCUCCACCAGGAGGAUGAGGGUGUUGGUGCUGCCCUGCUUGGGGUGGCAUGGGACUCUGGACGCUGGGGGCAGAGACGUGAGGCGCAGCCUGGGGAUGGGCCGAUGGCAUGGGCUGGUUGUCUUGGCGUUUCUUCAUGUGUAUGCUGCUUCCUUUUCUAACAAGAGGCUGGGUUUGGCAUCCGUCUGUCAAUUCCCUGGGAUUUGGUGAUCACCAUUUGAUGUGAGGGCAGUGCUGGAGAAGCAGGAGAGGACUGUGGGGUCAGUAUCCUGCAGCCUGACCUGCUACCCAGGGACACCCAAGGUCUCCCCCAGGGGACCUUGAGAUGUCCACUGUCAUAUGGACAGUGGGGAAUCAGGUCUGGAAAUUGGAAAACAAAGCAUGAGACCAGGGCCACCCACUCCCUUCUGGCCUAGUGGAAAGGCCAGCUGCAAGGAGAUCCCGGGGAUCGUAUGGACACAAAGAAUCUUAUUGCACUUGUAUUUUUUGUAUUAAAAGUUUGCAUGGUUUCUAAUAAAGGAUUAAAACGUUAAGUUUGUACUGCAGUGGCCUGGGAGCUUGAGGGCUUCACAGGGGCAUUUCCUGCUGUGCAGACUUGCCUCAGAGGUGGAGGUGGCGGCGGCCUGGACAUCACUCUGUCCCUCCUCAGAACCUUCCCCGGGUCCCUGGUGUCCACGUCAAGGGUGGGUGGCCAUGUGUCUGAAGUGCUUGUCCCCUGGGGAGGCACCUUCUGGACAGUGAGCUGGCCUGGCGUGUUCAUCCUGUGUGCCCUGUCAGCAGCGACAGGGCACCGGGCCCCAGCAGGGAAAAGGAAGCAAGGAACGUGAGAAGGCGACACACUGGCCCUGAAGGCCCCAGCCCCUCCCUAGGGUUGAUCCUCUGAAGGCCACUGCUGCAGGUGCUGACAGGCUCCGAGUCCUUGUCCACUGUUUGGGGAAAAACCAAGAGGUGAUACAGCUUUCCAGGCCAGGCCACGAGUCUUCCACAAAAGGCUGUCCUGCAAGCCAGAGGACCUGCAAAUGCCACUCUGACAGAUGGCAUCAGUCCCUGUGUGACGUGCUACUUUGCAGCCAUCAGGGCUGGGACAUCUCUGUACAUCCCAGCUUGCCGUGUUUCAGCCACUCCUGUGUCUGUGAUUCUGUUGUACUGAUUUUAAGAGUAAAUAAAGCUGCCUGAUAUUCCA